CACAUGCACAUUCUGCUGCAGUGAUCUACGAUUUUGUGUUAACUUUAAGAUUAAAUUCUGCCAGAAAAUUCAAGUUACUGGGAAUCGGAAAGCCAGCGAAAGUAUAAUAAGCCCAGCAAGAUGCCGAAAGUAAGAGUAGAGAAGAAGUCACGCGUCCACGAUCAAGUCUACAAGCAAGGAAUCUUGUUCAAUACUGGGAUAGGACAACACAUCCUCAAGAAUCCUCUUGUAAUUGAAAGCAUCAUCAGUAAGGCUGCAUUGAGAACAACUGAUACAGUCCUUGAAGUGGGUCCUGGUACUGGAAAUAUGACAGUUAAGAUGCUUGAUAAGGCCAAGAAGGUAGUUGCUUGUGAACUUGAUCCUCGUCUCGUUGCUGAAUUACAAAAGAGGGUUCAAGGAACACCAUUUGGUCCCAAGUUGCAGGUGAUAGUUGGUGAUGUGCUGAAGACAGAUCUGCCUUUCUUUGAUGUCUGUGUUGCCAAUUUGCCAUACCAGAUCUCUUCUCCGUUCGUCUUCAAGCUUCUUCUUCAUAGACCGUUCUUCAGGUGUGCAGUGCUUAUGUUUCAGCAGGAAUUUGCCCAGAGGUUGGUAGCAAAGCCUGGUGACAAGCUAUACUGUAGGCUCUCUAUCAACACUCAGCUACUGGCCAGAGUAGAUCAUCUCAUGAAGGUUGGUAAGAAUAACUUCAAGCCUCCUCCCAAGGUUGAGUCUAGUGUAGUAAGGAUAGAACCCAGGAAUCCACCCCCUCCGAUUAACUUUCAGGAAUGGGAUGGCCUGGUUCGCAUUGCUUUUGUAAGGAAGAACAAGACUCUAUCUGCUGCCUUUAGGAACAAAGGAGUUGUUGAGAUGUUGGAAAAGAACUACAGGAUACAUUGCUCUGUUAAGAACAUACCUAUACCAGAGGACCUAGACAUGAGGGAUAAAGUUACAUCAGUGAUAGAAAAGAUUGGAUUUGAAGGAAAGAGGGCAAGAACAAUGGAUAUUGAUGACUUCUUAAAGUUAUUGUCCAGUUUCAAUUCAGAAGGGAUCCAUUUUUCAUGAUACAUAGCAUCGAUAAAAACUCUUACAGACAGACUUGAUUGUUGAUGAAUGCUCUGAUGUCGCAAGAAUGGCAUAUUAAUUGGAAAGGAAACAGAUAACCCGAAAGGAAAGAAUAAGAAAACUUGGAGAAAGUUUCACAGAUGGUAGCAGUAAUCAUGAAAGAACGACUGCCUGCGAUUUGAGAUUAUCUUUUCUAUUCCAGAAUAUUUCACCUUAUGGUAUCCUUAACAGCUAGAGCAUCAAUAAUGUGACAAGACCAGCCUCGCCAUUGACAUGCAACAAAGGAACGUACAGGAUUUUUUUUUUUAACUUGUGCUAAAUAUUUUAUUGUAUGGUGAAAAGUGGAAAUGCAUUCAUCGUUUCUAUUUACCUUGUCAAGUACUUCUGGUGAAAACUUGGGGAGUAAACCAGUUUUUCAAUAUUUUUUGUCAUCAUAAUUUUUUUUUAGAUCUAAAUUUGAUUUUUCUUAAAAUCUGUUUUAUUGGUUUCACUUGGAUUAUCACCAUAACUAAUAAUACCAAGGUGAUAUCACACCUCUAACUUCUCCUUGAUAAUACUGGGAGCCUUUGAAUGUUAUAAUUAUUCAAAGAGUUAUUAUUGUUCAUGUUAGUGAUUGUUGUAUAUUUAUAUUUUUUAAAGAAUGAAUGAAGCAUGUUCUGAAGUUGAAAAUUAACCUAUUUGCAUGGAAAAACAUUGAUUUUAAAGGAGAAUCCUGCUUUCUUGAGAAAAAAAUGAAAAUCAGACAUGUUGAUUGGUGAAAGUUUGAACAAUAUCAGACAAACAAUAAGAAAGUUAUGAAUUUUCAAAAGUUAUAACAAUUGGUAAUCACUAUCCCCAUGGAAACUUCAAAUUGGCUACAUAUAUGAUGUUAUAGUGAUGUAAGGCAAGGACUAUUCUUCCAUGUACAGUACUCCAUACAUGAAAUGACUUCUUUUUUUCAAGUUUUACUUCAAAUUAUUUUUUUCUCAUGAUGACAUAAAACAAUAUACCACCUGGCUUAUAU